AUGGCAGACAGCCUCACACCAGACCUGUCAGACUGUGGAUCUCCAGCUGUGCUGGUGUCAGUGUGUCCCAUCACAGCUACAGCACACAACAGACUGAGAGCACAGAGGAGACGCUCCACAAGACCGAACCCGUCGGGUCCUGUCGGGCUCGGGCUUAUAAUUUUACGCGGGCUCGGGCCGGGCACGGGCUUGCGCGGAUCCUACUCCAAACACGAGUUCCAAGCAGAGACGAAGAAACUGCUGGAUAUUGUGGCCUGAUCACUGUAUUCUGAGAAAGAGGUGUUCAUCAGAGAGCUCAUCUCAAACGGCAGUGAUGUGCUGGAGAAACUGCGGCACAAGAUGAUCACAGCAGGAGGAGAUACAGCACCCAUGGAGAUCCACCUGCAGACAGAUGAAUGCAGAAUAGGCACCUUCACCAUCCAGGUACAUGUAACUGAAUAAAAACAAGAUUUAACGUCAAACAUUUUGAAUGAUGAAAUGAAAGGACAAUAAACAGCUGCUUUUCUGGAUGCUCUUCAGAAUCAAGCGGAGGCCAGCAGCUCCAUCAUUGGUCAGUUCGGUGUGGGCUUUUACUCCGCCUUCAUGGUGGCUGAUAAAGUGGACGUUUAUUCUCAGUCAGCAGAACCAGGUGCUCCUGGAUACAAGUGGUCCUCAGACGGCUCUGGAGUGUUUGAGAUUGCAGAAGCUUCAGGUGUGCGUCAGGGAACCAAGAUCGUGCUCCACCUUAAAGACGACUGCAAAGAGUUUUCAUCAGAAGACCGAGUCAAAGAGGUUGUGACCAAGUACAGCAACUUUGUCAGUUUUCCCAUCUUCCUGAAUGGACGGCGGUUAAACACCCUGCAGGCGCUCUGGAUGAUGGAGCCCAAAGACAUCAGCGAGUGGCAGCACGAAGAGUUUUAUCGCUACGUGGCUCAAGCUCACGAUAAACCCCGCUACACACUGCACUACCGUGCAGACGCUCCACUCAACAUCCGCAGCAUCUUCUAUGUGCCAGAGAUGAAACCUUCCAUGUUCGACGUGAGUCGUGAGAUGGGAUCCAGUGUGGCCCUGUACAGCAGGAAGGUUCUGAUCCAAACCAAAGCCACAGACAUCCUUCCCAAGUGGCUGCGCUUCCUACGAGGUGUUGUGGACAGUGAAGAUAUUCCUCUGAACCUCAGCAGAGAGCUGCUACAGGAAAGCGCUCUGAUCAGGAAACUGCGGGAUGUUUUACAGCAGCGUGUCAUUCGGUUCCUGUUGGACCAGAGCAAGAAGGAUCCGGAGAAAUACGCUCGCUUCUUUGACGACUACGGGCUGUUUAUGCGUGAGGGCAUCGUCACCACAGCCGAGCAGAGCGUCAAGGAAGACAUUGCUAAGCUGUUGCGUUUCGAGUCGUCGGCGCUUCCUGCGGGACAACAGACCAGCCUGAUGGAGUAUGCAUCUCGGAUGAAGGCAGGAACAAGGAACAUUUACUAUCUGUGUGCGCCGAAUCGCCACCUGGCUGAACACUCGCCGUACUUUGAGGCCAUGAAACAGAAAGAUAUGGAGGUCUUGUUCUGCUUUGAGCAGUUUGAUGAGCUCACGCUGCUUCACCUCAGAGAGUUCGACAGGAAGAAGCUCAUCUCAGCCGAGACCGACAUUGUCGUAGAUCAUUACAAAGAGGAGAAAUUUCAAGACAGCAAACCAGCAUCAGAGCGACUGACAGAUCAGCAGACAGAAGAUCUGAUGGCCUGGAUGAGGAACGCACUCGGACAGAGAGUCACCAACAUCAAGGUGACGCCACGUCUGGACACACACCCCGCUAUGAUCACAGUGCUGGAGAUGGGUGCCGCUCGACACUUCCUGCGCACACAGCAGCUCGCCCGCAGCUCAGAGGAGAGAGCCCAGAUCCUGCAGCCCACACUGGAGAUCAACGCUGGACAUGAUCUGAUCAAGAAGCUUCAUGUACUGAAGGACUCAAACCCUGAGCUGGCACAGCUUCUCCUCGACCAGAUAUACGACAAUGCCAUGAUCACCGCUGGUCUGAACGAAGACCCUCGUCCGAUGAUCUCACGGCUUAAUCAGCUCCUCACUCAAGCCCUGGAGAAACAUUGACGCCCGUGCUGGAGUUCAGCCUGACAGACUUGUUUUGCCUCUAUUAGAGCCAUGCACGGAUGCACAAGGGGGGCGUCCCGUGCUGUGGAGGUCAUCAUCGCACACUAAAUACAAACAAACAUUGUUUAUAUGAAGACUUGCAGGUGUGACAUUGUCGUUUUGGUGGGAGUCGUGUUUUACAGCUGAUACGAUUGAGAUUGUCUGUC